AUGAUUGACUUCAUUACGAUAAUCGCCAAGUAUCCUAAUGGUACGGAGAUCAUCUCAAGUGAAUCGAACUUCGGUUCAGGCGUUGUUAGAAAUUCCCAUUCUGCCGAGCCGCAAGUGUCCAGUGUCGAGAAGAUGGGUGGAGACGAGAGGUGGUGCGUGGUGACAGGCGGCAGAGGAUUCGCGGCGCGGCAUUUGGUAGUGAUGCUCAUCAAAUAUGGCAUGUUCUCGGUGCGUGUCGCAGAUUUGGGUCCCAGCAUCAACCUCGAUGCCGACGAGGAGAAUGGUGUUCUAGGCGAGGCUCUGAAGUCUGGCCUGGCGGAGUACGUGUCUGCAGAUCUUCGUGACAAAUCUCAAGUGCUGAAAGCUUGUCAAGGAGCUGAGGUUGUGUUUCAUAUGGCUGCUCCAGAUUCCUCCAUUAAUAACCAUCAGCUGCAUCAUUCUGUCAAUGUCUUAGGGACCCAAAACAUUAUUGAUGCAUGUGUUGAGCUGAAAAUCAAACGACUUAUAUAUACUAGCUCCCCGAGUGUGGUCUUUGAUGGAGUUCAUGGAAUAUUAGAUGGAAAUGAGUCUUUACCGUACCCUGCUAAGCACAAUGAUUCGUACUCUGCUACUAAAGCCCAGGGAGAAGCUCUGGUUAUUAAGUCAAAUGGUUUAAAUGGACUUCUGACGUGCUGCAUCCGGCCUAGCAGCAUUUUUGGCCCAGGCGAUAAGUUGCUUGUUCCGUCAUUAGUUGCUGCAGCACGGUCAGGGAAAUCUAAGUUCAUCAUUGGAGAUGGCAACAAUUUGUACGACUUUACUUAUGUUGAGAAUGUUGCACAUGCUCAUAUAUGUGCCGAGCGAGCUCUGGCAUCUGAUGGGACCGUAGCGGAAAAGGCUGCUGGACAGGCAUUCUUCAUUACCAAUAUGGAAGCAAUCAAAUUUUGGGAAUUUAUGUCUCUAAUUCUUGAAGGUCUUGGUUAUGAAAGGCCAAAAAUUAAGAUUCCUGCCUCUGUCAUGAUGCCAAUUGCGCAAAUGGUGGAGCUGAUAUACAAACUUUUAGGCCCUUAUGGGAUGAAGGUGCCACAGUUGACACCUUCAAGGAUUCGACUUCUCUCUAUCAGCAGAACCUUUGAUUGUUCUAAAGCAAAUGACCUUAUUGGCUAUACACCCAUCGUGCCACUCCAGGAGGGCCUUAGAAGAACUAUUGAAUCAUAUCCACACUUGAGGGCUAAUGUUCGAACUAAAAAGGAUGGGCCAUCUAAAGCUGAAUUACUUCUUGGCCGUGGAAAAGUUGCUGACACUCUACUAUGGAGGGACAAAAGGCAGACACUUACUUUAAUACUGAUAUUGGCCGCAUUAUAUUUCAAUUUCAUAACAACUGGGUGUACCCUCGUUACUGCAGUUUCCAAGCUUCUAUUACUGGCGUUAGUUUUCAUUUUCAUUCAAGGCAGACUGCCACAGAAAAUAUUUGGAUAUAAAAUUGAAAAGAUUCCCGAGUCAAAGUUCAAUGUCUCAGAAGCUGCAUCUCGGAAGGCUGCUCUUUCAGCAGCUUCCAGUUGGAAUUCUGCUGUUAGUGAUCUAAAAUCACUUUGUAAAGGAAACGACUCUAUGCUUUUCCUGAAGGUGGCUUUCUCUUUAUUGCUUCUCAGCGUGCUUGGUGCAGUUUCAUUACGUAAUGCCUUCACAAUAGGUAUUGGACUACCACUAGCCUUUAUUUCAUUCGUCGUGUAUGAGAAAAAGGAGGAAGAGGUUGAUAAUCUAGUCCUAAAACUUGUCUCGUUUGGAUGCAAAUUGAAGUCCAAAGUCACUGGAAAGAUUUCCAACUCAAAGAAACAACUGUAG